AGAUGACUCCAAAACUACAGAUAACACGAGCUUACAUUCAAUACGAUUUCGUUGCUGGUAGACGUUGGAUGUUUUAACGGGUUUACGGGUUUUUUCUGGUUUUGUUUUUCUCUUGUACGCGAACGUAAUCAAACGAGUUUAGAAGACGGCGAAUACUCGGUGUGUUAAAUAAGCAAAACGAAAAAAGGACGUGUGAAACACGUACGAAAGUGUGAAUUGUUGCAAACUUUAAAAAAAUAAGGUUUCAAAAGAAGCACACAUAGUGCGAGUGAAGUGAAUUGCAAAGAAAAAAGAAACAAAGAUCAUAUCAAUUAAGAAAUAAAGGCAUUUUAAAUUGAACAGCUUUGUUUUUAAAGUUCUUCAAGCGCCUGAGUGUGUAGCAUAAUUAAAAACAAGUGAACAAAGAACGGUUUUGCGCUUAACUAACCCAUUCGCAGUAAUCAAAGUGAAGUUUCAGUUGAAGCCAAAUUCAUUUCAUCGAAACCCAACAACCCACCACCCUUCUCAGCGAGAGUAACAACAUCGUCCACAUUAGUUAAGAUUAACAUCAUCAUCAUCAUCAUCAUAGCCAUUGGCAGCUGCUAGCAGACUUUCUUGACAGCAUUUAAAAAGGAUUACCAGAGUUGCCAGGGUUCCGGAUUUAUUCUUCAAACUUGGUUUUAAUAACUCCACUCUGCAAGAUAUCACCAAAUAACGUAACGCCAUAGCUCGUCACCGACGCAAUCGUUUGAAUUGUGGCCAAUCAACAGCCAUCCUAGGCAAAGUCAACUGGCAGCAGGUACAAGCCAGAGUCUACGAGACCUCGAAACACCAGGUGAAGCUCACACACAGAUCCACAGGCGUAGACAACAAUAGCAAAAUGGGCUCCGAUUGCGGCGUUUGGUUUGGCAAAUAUGUGCUGUGCAUAUUUAAUUUCUUGUUUUUCAUACUUGGCACGAUAGUUUUGGGCACUGGCAUAUGGCUAGCCGUGGACAAGGCGUCUUUAAUCGCUCUAUUGAAAAUGGUCGAGAGUGAACACAUAGAUCAAUUUACUCAACCUCAGGUUAUAGAACAAAUGGCGUAUGUUUUAAUCGCCAUCGGUGGCAUCAUGUUUUUAAUGAGUUUCCUGGGCUACUGUGGUGCCAUUCGAGAAUCAAGAUGCAUGCUUUCGACGUAUGGAGUCUUUAUGAUUUUAUUGCUGGUAGCUGAGAUUGUGGCUGGCGGUUUGGCGGCUUUCUACAAAGAAACGGCACGCAAUGAAAGCAAAUCCUUUUUACAAUCGACCAUCACGAAAUUCUACAACACCGCUGAACACACCGAUGCUGUAACUCUGAUGUGGAAUCAAAUGAUGACAACUUUCGGUUGUUGUGGUGUAGUGGAUUAUCGCGAUUUUGAGGCCUCACCCUCAUGGAUGGCCAGCAAGGGUAAUCGCACCAUUCCAGAGGCAUGCUGUCGGCUAAAGGAUAUCAAGAAUUUAAUACCCGAAGAUGAUUUCUGUGUGACAAACCCCAGUGAAGCAAACAGUUUCUUUAAAAAGGGAUGCUAUGAAGCCUUUACCGAAUGGAUAAUACUGCAUCGUGAGAUUAUCAUAGGCGUUCUGGCUGGCGUUGGCCUUAUUCACAUAUUAGCCAUAUUCUUGGCCUUUUGCCUGUGUAAAUCAUUUGCCAAAUAUCAUGGCAUGAGACUGUAAACUAUGCUGCGUAUUUCCUUUCGAACUAUUUAUAAAAUUUUCUAAAUUGUUUUUUUAAAACUUUUGAUACUUGGACUCUUUUUUUCGCCAAACUUUCUACCAUUUACUUUGAAAAAAAAGCAAAAUUAUAGCAAAAAGGACCAUUUUAUAGAAAACAACAGUCAAUUUAUAAGUUUGAAACCUCAGUUUCUACAUUAAAGCUGAGCUAAACCUUGGCAAUUGAAAAAAGGUUUUAAUUGUUUUAUUUUAUUUUAGAAACUAAAUCUAAAUGUUAAAAUGAAAAUGAAUUGUUAAAUAUUAUUUUUUUAGUUUUUAUUUUUUAAUAUAGAAAAAAAACAGACAUUGUAUUUUUAAAGUUAGUUUUGAUAACCAACUGUAAAACAAAGCGUCAGCAAAAAAGACAAUUUUUUUUUGAGAAUUUAAAAUUUUUUAAAAUUGUUUUAAAAUGAAUAUCUCCUGUGCACCUCAGAGAAGGAGACAGGGAACUUCAUUGUAUUAUUCAUAAUUCUUUUUCGUUAAGUUUAUUGUUUUUAAGCAAACUUCUCCCAAAUUCUUUAGACCUUAAAAUUUUUAUACAAUAUAUGUUUUGUAUUAUACUUAUCAAUUUAAAAAACAAAACAACAACAAAAACCAACAAAACUCCACUUAAAACAUCACAUUAUAUAUUAUAAUUUUCAUAUAUAUAAUACUUAUGUAUAUACAUACAUAUUUUAUUGCUUAUAGGUAUGUGUAAGAAUAUAUGAUUUUAAUUAAAAUAUUUUUUAGUUUUUAAUACAUUGUGUGUGUGUGUGUUUUUGUAAAGCAAAUUUUAAAAUUGUUUUUUUUUUUUUUUUUUGCAUAAUUUUAAGAUUUUUAUACCCUCCACCAUAGGAUGGUGGAUCGUAUAUCGAUUUAGGUGUAUGAAGUGGAGAAGGAAAUCGGAAUAUCAAAAAACCGAUUUUGAGGUCAGUGUUGCUAUCGACCAAUAAAAAAAUCUCACAAUUCCUAUAUGAAUACCAACUUUUACUAUUAUACAGUGCAAAGUACGUGUUAUCGGCUGUUAUCGCUAUCGAUGACUAUAAAGUUAAAAAUUCUACUAAAAUUCUGCCAGUACAUAUGGUCCAAACUGAACUGUGCUACAAAACUAAGAAAAUUUGUAGUUCAUAUUCUCGAUAACGUCAACAUAUCGCAUUAUCGUUAGUUCAUUUACUUUAUAUUAUCGAAAAAUUUGAAAUAUCGUUUAUCGAUUUAGGUGUAUGAUGUGGAGAAGGAAAUCGGAAUAUGAAAAAAGCGACUUUGAGGUCAGUGUUGCUAUCGACCAAUAAAAAAAUCGCACAAUUCCUAUAUGAAUACCACAUAUUACUAUUAUACAGUGCAAAGUGAGUGUUAUCGGCUGUUAUCGCUAUCGAUGACUAUGAAGUUUAAAAUUCUAAACGACUCCUAAACGGACGUCGAAUUUUACUAUUUUACAGUUCAAGGUACGUGUUAUCGCUAUCGAUAAAUAUAUAGUGAAAAAUUUUAACGAAAAUUUUUCUUUUUUAUUUUAGAUUUCCACUGAAGGAAAUCGGUUUGUGAUAAAAUUUUCAAUAAAAUUAUUCGCUGUGUAGUUAUCAAUAGCGAUAAUAGACGAUAACACAUACCACGAUAUUUUGAGAAAUAUCGAAUGCCGCGAUUAUCGAUACUUUGCCAGCUCUACUACAAAGUUCCUAUUUAUUUUUAGAUUUUUCGACAAUCUGGGAGCAAAACUUCACUGUUGCGAUCUGAAAACCGGUUAUUUGAUAUAUCGAUUUUUACAAUUCAGUAAAUCGAUUAUACGAGAUUUUCACGUUAUCGAUAAUAUGAAAUACAUAGGUUUUUAUAUUUGUACUACGGUUCAGUGGAAACCAAAUGUACUGUAAAUUUUUUAGUAAAAUAUAUCACUGUAUAGUAAUCGAUAGCGACAACAGCAGAUUACACGAACUUUGUAUUGUAUUAUUACUAUUACUACUAUUAUUGGUAAAAUUCAAUUCGAUAAAUCGAUUAUAAGGUAUUUCGAUUUUAUCGACAAUAUGAACUACAAAUGUCCUAUUUUAUGUAAAAUUCAGAGAAAAUCAGAUGUAUUGUAAGUUAUACAGUACAAAUGUUUACCGCACGGUUAACGAUAGCCAUAACAAGUCGAUAAAAAGUACUUUGCACUGCAUAAUAGUUAAAUUCAUUGGUUAUUUAUACAAUAUAUGUAUACACAUUUUUCCAAUUUUCCGACUAGUUGAGAGCAAACGUUUACAGUUCCCACUUCAAAGCUGGUAAUUCGAUAUUUCGAUUUCCUUUCGAUAAUAUUAACUCAAUUUUUUCUUUUUUAAUUUCGGCACUGCUCUGGGGAAACCACUGUACUGUUAUAUCGAUAAUAUCAACGUAUUGCUAAUCGCGGCAUUCGAUAUUUCUUAAAAUAUGUGUUAUCGUCUGUUAUCGAUAUUGAUUUCGGAAUAUCGAAUAACCGGAACACUUGACUUUAACUCUCGCCCAAUCGAAAAAUAGCUUAAUUUCAAAAUGGAAACCUAAUUUUCCUUCUGUUAUGUACGUGUUAUCGCUAUCGAUAACUAUGCAAAAAAAAUUGAUUGACAAUUUUACGAAACAACAAAAAAAAUCACUGAAUAGUGCUUAAAUAAAUAGGACCUUUGUAGAGCUGGAAAAGUAUCUAUAAUCGCAGCAUUCGAUAUAUCCCAAAACAUCGGGGUAUAUGUUAUCGAAAUAUCGAAUAACCGGAAUACUAGACUUUUACUCUCGCCCAAUCGAAAAAUUGCUAAAUUUCAAAAUGGAAACCUAGUUUUCCUUCUGUUAUGUACGUGUUAUCGCUUUCGAUAAGUAUAAAAAAAAUUUAUUGACAAUUUUACGAAACAACAGAUUUCCCCUGAAUAAUGCUUAUAUAAAAAGGACCUUUGUAGUAGAGCUGGCAAAUAUCUAAAUAUCGAGGUUUGUGUUAUCAUCUGUUAUCGCUAUCGAUAACUAUACAAAAAAAAAAAUGAUUGACAAUUUUACGAAACAACA